AUGGCCAAGGCUCCGUUCCUUACGACCGAGGAUAUCAAGACGUGCUUCUCGCUCUUCUGCGUCGUCUGCGGUAUCGGCACCCUCUCGAUGCCAGCCAACUAUGCCCGCGCUGGCUACGUCUGGGCGACGAUCGCGACCGUGUAUAUGGCGGCCAUCAACAUCUACGCGUCCGUGUGCAUCUCCAAACUCAUGCUCGCGGCGCCGCGGGGCGUCAAGACGCUCGGUGACAUUGGUGACUGGGUCUUUGGCGCGUCCGGGCGGGCUGCCAUGACGGUGGCGUACCUUUUGUCGUGCACGAUGGCAUCCAUCAUGUUUCUCGUGCUGGGCGGGUCCAUUCUAGUCGAGCUCUUCCCGAGCUCGUACGACGACACGACGUGGAUCAUUCUGAUGGCCGCCUCGCUCCUCCCGCUCUGCCUCGUUCCGACGGUGCAAGAGAGCGCGGGCACGGCCACGGCAGGUGCGAUCGGCAUCAUUCUCGCCGACGGCAUCGCCUUGUACCUUCUCGACACCAACGUCAAUGCCCCAACGGGUGUCUCGGCGCCGCCGCCCGAGAUUACACUCAGCGGCGUCACAACCGCCUUUGGCUCGCUCUCGCUCGCCUACGCAGCCGGCACGAUCAUCCCGACUCUGCAGCGCGAGCACUCGCAGCCCGAGCGCAUGCCGCGUGUCAUCACCGUGACGCUGACGAUCGUGUCGAUCUUCUUUCUCCUCGUCUCGGUCCUCGGCGACUUCAAGGUCGGCUGCCAGAUUCCCGGCAACCUCCUCUUUGCGAUCACCGGCGACAAGCUCGGGUUCGAAGCGUCGCGCGGCGGCAUCAUCCUCGCCUAUCUGUUCAUGUUUAUCCAUAUUGCGAUCGCGUUUGGGCUCGUGCUUUUCCCGACGCUCUUCUUCUUUGAGCGUGUCCUUCUUGGCAUGCACAAGGAGGCGGCGCGGCCCGAGUACAAUGACGUCGAGUCGCCGAAAGACAGUGCGACGACGGACGAGUCGGACGCGCACUACGACGCCAGCGAGGCGUACAAGGCGCCGGGCGCGUACCUCAAGGCGGCGAUCGUCCGGACGGUCAUUGUCAUCAUCUGCGUCGUCAUUGCGAUCGUCUUCAAGAACAAGUUUAGCGACCUCUUGGAUUUCGUCGGCGCGUCCACCACGUCCACGUGCUGCAUCAUUCUGCCCAUGGUGUUCUACCUGAAGCAGUUUUACGCUACACUGCCGCUGCUCGAGAAGGCGUUUGCGAUCGUGUCGAUCAUCGCGACGACGGCGCUGGCCAUUUACGUGACGAUCCAGACGGGCAGCAACCUCUUUGCGCCAGCGGAUGCGGCGGCGGUGCGCUUCCCGUACUGCGCGGCCGAGUUCCAGCACUACGUAUUCACCAACCAAACCCACUAUCAAUUAUAAUGUACCAAGCGGAUG